AUGUCAGACCCAACGAACGACCCCGAGAAAGGCGAGAUAACUUCCACGACCAAAUUCGAAGCAAGCAGCACAACCAGUAAAGCCUCCAUCAGCGAAGGUCAAAUCACCCCAAUAAAAUCCUCUCGAACAACCCAAUUCUGGACAGCCCUCCGUUCAGAACUCACAGAGACACGAGGAGUAUCUCGAGUCCCACCAAAUGCCCGACAAUCCGCUUCAUCAACACAAUACAUACAAAUGAUAUCACUCUGGACAAGCGCAAACUUGACCGCCAAUCAUUUAGCACUGGGUCUUCUAGGACCGAAAAUCUAUGGAUUAUCAUUUCUGGACUCGGCGCUAUGUGCUACUUUUGGCGUUUUGACGGGGUGUUUAUGUACUGCUUACAUUGCGACUUUUGGACCACAGUCUGGGAAUCGAACGAUGAUUGUAACGCGCUAUCAUAUGGGAUGGUGGCCUAGCCGUUUGGUUGUCGUGCUUAAUCUUGUCAUUAUGAUAGGAUAUGGCGUGAUCGAUUCCGUUGUUGGUGGCCAGAUGAUAUCUGCUGUUGCAGGGGGACAGAAUCUCUCUAUUGUCGUAGGAGUGGUCAUCGUUGCUGUUGUGACAUGGGCCAUCACUGUUAUUGGACUACCUCUGCUACAUAUAUACGAACGAUACGGCUGGAUACCCCAAGCGACUAUAACAGCAAAUCGACUAUCAAUGUUCUCCCUCUGUCUAGGAGCUACAAGUGCAUGGGCGCCAGCCGCCGCAGACUUCUACGUCUAUUAUCCGGAAACCACUCCCAAGACAUUAGUAUUUCUUCUCACCUGGGCGGGUGAGGCUCUGGGAUAUCUCUUCACCUUAUACCUAGGUAUUGGCAUUGCUUCCGGCAUUCCCAACAACCCAACAUGGUACGCUGCCAACGAAAUAAGCCCAGGCGCCAUUCUGGUCGCUAGUUUCGAUUCUUUGGGCGGUUUCGGAAAGUUCCUCGCGACGAUCGUGAUGCUAGGUGUGAUUGCGAACAACGCUCCUGGAACAUAUGCCUGCGGACUCGGCUUUCAAUGUCUUGGUUCCUGGCCCCUGAGAGUGCCUCGGAUGGUGUGGAAUAGCUUUGCGGUCCUUGUAGCUUUUUAUCUCUUAUGGGGUAUUGGUGUACGAUAUGGGUGGUGA